AUGAUGCUGUUGCCUUGGGUACCACCCUUCCUGUCGCCAUGACGAUGCCACUGAGCCCCCUCUCCAGUGACGAGGAGCAGCAGAAGAUGCUGGGGAACAGUCAGCACCUGUAUCCAGGGGCGGAGGAGGAAGAGGAGGAGGAGGAAGGGGAGGAAGAGGAGGAGCUGGAGGACGAGUAUCAAGACGAGGAGGGAGAGGAGGAGAACGGAGAGUUGAACGGAGAGGAAGAAGAGGAGGAUGAUGAAGAGGAGGUCAGGAGAGCAGGAGGAGGAGGGGGAGGGAGGGCGGAAGGACAUAGGCAAAAAGCGGCCGGGCGUUCGGUGAGAGUUACCAUGCCGGGACACACGACCAAUCCUUAUUCCUCAAAUCCUGGCCCCGCCCACCAACCGGCAGCCAAUCAUCAUCAGCAGCAGCAGCAACAGAAGAGGCUGAGGAGAGGUUCAAGCUCCGCCCUCGAUGAUGCACACAUCGCCCUGAUGGUGUUCCGUAUCGGCAUUCCUGAUAUCAAACAGACGAAGUGUUUGCGCUUUAACCCUGAGGCAACGGUGUGGAAGGCGAAGCAGCAGGUGUUGUGUAGUCUCACUGAAUCUCUGAAAGACGUCCUGAAUUAUGGCCUUUUCCAGCCAGCUACUGACGGACAUGAUGCCAAAUUCCUGGAGGAGGAGAGGCCACUCCGAGAUUACCCACAAUCCUUUGAGAAAGGAGUGCCUUAUCUGGAGUUUCGCUACAAAACCCGAGUGUAUAAGCAGACCAACCUCGAUGAGAAGCAACUCGCCAAGCUGCACACGAAGGCCAGUCUCAAGAAGUUCAUGGAGUACGUCCAGUCCGGCAGCGUGGAGAAAGUGGCUAAGCUCCUGGACAAGGGGGUCGACCCCAACUAUCAUGACACCGAUACAGGAGAGACGCCCCUGACGCUGGCUGUACAGUGUGAGCCUGGAGCCGGUGAGGUCAUCAGGGUUCUGGUGAUGGGCGGAGCUCACAUCGACUUCAGGGCCAAAGAUGGACUCACGCCUCUGCACAAAGCCGUCCGAGCUCAUGCACACACCGCCCUGCUGACUCUGCUGUCUCUGGGAUCGUCUCUGGACUAUAAAGACCGUCGAGGCCUGACGCCACUGUACCACACCACGCUGACAGGGGGCGACACGUCCUGCUGCGAGACGCUGCUUUAUCACAGAGCCAAGAUCGGAGUGAGGGAUGAGAACGGCUGGGACGAGACACACCAGGCUUGUCAGAACGGAAACUCGCAACAUCUGGAGCAUCUGCUGUUCUACGGCGCUGACUCUUCGUCCCAGAACGCCUCAGGAAACACCGCCUUACACAUCUGCGCUCUAUACAACAAGGAGAGCUGCGCACGAAUCCUGCUGUACCGUGGAGCAAACAAGGACAUAAAGAACCACAGCGGACAGACGCCGUUCCAGGUGGCUGUGAUGUCAGGACAUUUUGAGCUUGGAGAGAUCAUUAAAAAUCAUCGGGAUGCAGACGUGGUGCCGUUUUUGGAGUCGCCAAAGUUCGCACCCCAGAGGCGGGAGAGUGGUCGCACGCUGGCUCUGCCGCAUCCACACCCAUUCCUGCGCGCCAACAGUGACAACAGCAUGAACGUUCCUGAGUGGCUGGCCUUCCCCAACGCAGCCAUGACCAACAUAGUCUCCGUGCAGGGUCUGAAACAUGGCGGUACACUGCGCAGCUCCAGCAGUCCCCGGGGAGCCCGAACGCGUUCACCGUCCCGAGGCCGAACAGGAGACAGAGACGACCGCAGCAGACAGAGCCGGAGACAGGGGCCGGGCUCCAUCAGUUCACAGGGUGCAGCUCCGGCUCAGCGAAGGCGUCUGUACAGUGCCGUGCCAGGGCGAGUGUUUGUGGCCACGCGCUCACACACAGCACAGGGCGAGCGCGAGAUCAGCCUCAACAAGGGAGACAAAGUCAAAGUACUGAGUAUUGGAGAGGGUGGAUACUGGGAGGGGACGGUGAGGGGACGGACCGGUUGGUUCCCCUCGGACUGUGUGGAGGAGGUGGCAGCUCGCAGCCUGGAGCACCGCUCAGACAGCCGUAGCGAGAAGACCAAGAGACUUUUCCGUCAUUAUACUGUGGGAUCGUACGACAGCUUCGAUGCACCCAGUGACUACAUAAUCAAGGAGAAAACAGUGCUCCUGCAGAAAAAAGACAGCGAAGGUUUUGGCUUUGUGCUGAGAGGGGCCAAGGCACAGACACCAAUUGAAGAGUUUACGCCCACCCCAGCCUUUCCAGCACUGCAGUACCUUGAGUCUGUCGACGAGGGAGGCGUGGCCUGGAGGGCUGGUCUGCGAAUGGGCGACUUCCUGAUCGAGGUAAAUGGUCAGAAUGUAGUGAAAGUCGGCCACAGGCAGGUGGUCAACAUGAUCAGGCAAGGCGGAAACAGUCUGAUGGUCAAGGUGGUGAUGGUAACCCGCAAUCCUGACAUGGAGGAAGGCUCCCGAAAGAAAAUCCCACAGCAGAGUAAAAGGCUGAGCACUCCGGCCAUCGCACUGCGCUCCAAAUCCAUGACCUCGGAGCUGGAGGAGAUGGCUUCGGCCCCGUGGAAAAAAAAAUCAGAGUUUGAAUCCUCACAAGCUACGGAGAAAAAAAGGACGGUCUAUCAGAUGGCUUUGAACAAGCUGGACGAGAUUCUAGCCGCAGCGCAGCAGACCAUCAGCACCAACGAGACCCCAGUGCCACGAGGUCAAGCAGUGAAGCGCGAGAGAGGCCGGGGCUUUUACAACGAGUCAAAUUUUGACCAAACAGGGAUGGGAAUAACGUCUUCUGGGCCAGGGCACGGCUAUGACCGUGGCCCGUUUGUGUCUGCCCACGCCCCCCAGCACGGUAUGCUGCGACAGAAAUCCAUCGGGGUUCCUGAGGAGGAGAAGCAGUUCCUCCAUCCUCCAGCCAUGAAGUUUGCACGAAGCCUUUCAGUCCCUGGCCCAGAUGACAUUCCCCCUCCACCGACCACAGCACCCCCUGAUCCCCCUUUCUCCUCGGCACCUCCGAUGGGCUGGAGAGGCAAGACAUCCCAGCAGCCUUCAGUAUCGGUGUCACAGUCUACCUCCACCUCCACCCACUAUCAGCUUUAUUCCCAGUCAUCUCACUACACUCAUGGACCAAGGGACAGGUCCCCUGGACCACCCACAAGCUCUGCAGUUUCUGACCAUGCAACUUCUUAUUCUCAUGCCCAGGCGAUCCCCUCUGUCCCCAGCAGGACUGCUUCCAGGAAGGUUGUGGGUUACACCGGUGAUUCCACAGGAGCUGGAGGGGCAGCAGGAGCAAGGUCAGCUGGUUUGAGAAGAGGCUACAGCAAUGCAGUUCCACCCACUAGUGUGGCCACAGUGAUCCCUCAGCAACAACAGACUGCUCAGAGCCAGCAGACAAGAGCGGAGCGCACAACACCAGGGACAGCAGCUGUGGGCGGAGUACAGAAAGCGGGUGUCCGAAGAGGCAAGGGGCCACUGGUAAAGCAGUCAAAGGUAGAAGACCUACGUUCUGGCCAGAGCACACUAGGAAGUAAAGGUUCAUUGGAAAAGAGCUCCAUUCCUAUCCCAACCAUAAUUGUCAAAGCCCCCUCCACCAGCAGCAGUGGACGCAGUAGCCAAGGAAGCAGUGUUGAGGCUGAUGUGCCGCUUCCAGGAGAAAGUGAAAGCUCCACAGGCCCACCCAUUGCACCCCCACCUGCCCCCACCAUGCCCCCACCUGAGCCACCAUCAGUCCCUCCACCUCCACCACCCUCACUGCCACCACUCAGACCUCAGGAGAACCUGGAUUUUACUAGCCAGUUUGGUGCUGCCAUUGUGGGAGCAGCCCGCAGAGAUCGUGAGCGUUUCCAUGAAGCUCGACGGAAGAGUGCCUCCUUUUUUCUCUCUGCGGAGGAGGAGUUGGCAGGGAGUACUGGGGUAGCAGGAAUAGGAAGGAGUCAGGCUUCCCAGCAGCAGCUGCAGCAGCAACUGAGCUCACAGCCUACACCUCGCCUGAGACCCUCCAAAUCUAUUGAUGAGGGCAUGUUCUCAGGUGACACAUUCAUUCAACAUGCUCGCAGCAUGCCGCCUGCCUUUGGUCUUCCUGAGUAUUCCACAUCCGCGCCUCUGGGGGACUAUCAGCCUAAGUCUGUACCUGCUGACUUCUACCUGGGAGCCAGUCGUCAACAGCCGCAACAGCAACAGCCUACCACCACCUUCAUCCACCCACUGACAGGGAAAGUUCUAGACCCAUCCUCUCCACUGGGCUUGGCUCUAGCUGCACGGGAGCGUGCCCUAAAGGAUGAUGGACGGAUGCGCAGAGAAAGGGCUGGUGAACACCACUUCACCCGCCAACUCUCCAGCGUGGGGCCUUUUCCUUCAUCCGCUGCCCCGCCAUCAUCACUGCUCUCUCACUCAUCCACUCCCUCUUCCUCCAUGAUCUCUUCUGCUGCUCAGUCCUCCAACUCUUCCUCAUACCUCGUCACGUCCUCUUCACUAGCUGCCACCACCACCUCCACUCGGCCUCCAUCACCCAGGAUCCUUAGAGGAGCAGGGGGCGGUUGGACAGAGGAGACUGGGGAACGUGCUGAGAGAGAGUCUGCAGGAGCUGCACCAUCCAGGGAAGGGCUGAGGGUCCGGUUCUCUGAGGACAAAACCGUCCACACACACCACUACCAGGCUCAGCACUACCAACCCACACAGAAGGAAAGAGAGAGAGAGCGGCAGAGGGAACGUUCCCGGGAACGAGAGAGGGAGAGAGAGAUAGAAAGAGGUCAGAGCCAGCAGCAACAGCCAUCCUCACAGCCAACCACUCAGCAACCCCGGAGACCAUCCUUCUUGAGGAUGGAGAGUGAGGCAGGAACGUACAUCCUCUCACUCACCCCUCCAUCUCCUCCACCUACUGCCAUGACCACACGCACUUCAGCAGGACCAGGGACUGGGGGAGAGGGAGGCAGCAGCAUGGGACUGAUGGUUCUCCCUCCUCCAGCUCCAUCAGUGGAUGCAGAUGAUGAGUUUGUGUUUGCUGAACCUUUGCCACCUCCACUAGAAUUUGCUAACAGCUUUGAUCGUGCAAGUUAUUCUGCUAUAAUCGCUAACAACCUUGCAACCCGGCAGCAACAACACCAUCCAGCACCUCCGCCUCCGCCCCCACCUCCGCCUCCCCCAAAAGAUGCCUUCAUGACUGGCUUCCCUGCUCACACACCCCUGCCCUCUCCACAGGCUGGUGACUCCACCACCUCCAGUCUCACCUCCUAUGACAGUGAAGUUGCUAAUUUGACCCAGUCUGCCCCCUCUCCCUCUAUUGCUUCUCCCAACCCUCCCCCACCUUCAUCACCUUCCACCUUACAACCUUCUGGACCCCCUCCACCUCCCUCUGUGUCACCACCACCUCCUCCCUCUUCCUACCACAGACCUUUCAGCUUGUCUCAGACCCACCACCACUAUAACAGCACCCCUGCAACCAGACGUGCCACUUCUCCCACACCACCGCUUAUCACAAUCCCAGCUCCCUCUGCCUAUGGAGGACCUCCCGUUGCUUCUUCCACCCCUGCUACAUCCGCUGCUUUGAGGGGGACUUCCAGCCACUCCAUGACCGCAACCUGUGCCACAGCAACCACCACCAUAACUACAACUUCUGUUGCUGCUAGCACUGCGCCUGCUGUCAGCCUGCACACCCAGCGCAUGGCAACUGUUUCCACAGUGGCCACAGGGAGUGGGAGUAGGCGACCCAGUGCUGAGCACCACCCACCACCCAGCUCAGCCAUGGCCAAGAGUGGUGAGUCCCAGGAGACCGUAGUGGACUCUGGUAUUGAGGAGCUGGACAGCCGCAGCAGCAGUGACCACCAUCUGGACAGCAUCCUAGCACUUAGCAGUGGGGGAGUCAGAGAAAGGAUGGAGAGAGCAGCAGAAAGUGACAGGACAAGUGGAGCAGAUUUCUUAGAGUCCUACAUGAGCUACCUGGAUGGACAGACUUUCGAAAUGCACAACACUAAAGCAGCAAGCACUGCUUCCACGUACCCCAAAAUGCAACGGUACAGAGAGGGCAGUCGUGCAUCAGAGCUCAGACGGCAGACCAGCACGGCUCCACCAGCCUACCACAGACGCCGUGGGGAGGAAGAGCCUGAGGAGGAGGAGGAGCCAGAGGAGGGAGAGGAAGAGGAUGUGGGCACUCGGGAUGGUUACAGCAUUAGGGAAGGACCAGGAUUGUCUCGCUCCGCUGUCAUGUACUUUGAUCGGCCCCGAACCCCUGAGAUGAAGUCCCUUUGGGGUGAUGGGUCAACUGGCGCUACGCAGAUAGUGACUGAUAGUGGGGCUCAGUCUGAUGGAACUUACCUGGAAGGGCGUAAACUGCACCCACCCAUGUCCGGCAUGAAAGCAAGCAUCAUCAGUGAACUGAACACCAAAUUGCAACAAAGGAGCAAAGGAAUGGAGAACUGGGGAGCACAGCGAUCACUCAGCAGGCACAGGUUCUCUGAAGAUUCAACAGGUGCACUGAGCCCUCCAUCGGUACGCUCGCCCUCUCCAUCUCCUCUGGCUCAGCCUGCACUAUCUCCGUCUCCUACAGCAUCCCCCCAUCCUCCUCUCUACCCAAACUGGGCUCGAUCAUCUUCCCCGCAGCCCCCCGGUGCCCCUUCUCAACCCCCCUCCACUGCCCCUGGCACCACUGCCCGCUCCCAUUCACCCGUCUCACCUUCAGCCUAUGCACCCUACCCCACCUCCCCUAAGCACCGUCCGGUUUACCGCUCCAAAGCCCUCGAGUUCCAGUUCAUCCCAAGCAGGGAGUCACGUAAGGCGGAGUCUCAGCGCCGACGAGCACCCAGUCCACUCAUCUCACCCUCAGAGCGUCCCAAACUGGGUCCCCCAAGGCCUUCUUCCCUCCCUAUCCUUCCCACUACACCACUUUACAGCAGCUUAUAUGACCUACGCGGUUCCAUCACUCCUCCCUCCCCCGCUAAUCCCCUAGGUGACGCUUACUUUUCUCCAUCCCCUCCUUUGUUUGCUCCUUCUGGAGCACCGCCACCACCUAAUUCAUCCCUGGUGGUCUCUCGCUCCCUUUCACCCACCCACUUCCUUUCUGGUUCAUCCUCCCCACCACUCCACUCUAUAGCUCCACCCACUUGCCUAAGUUACCCUCACUUGCCUCCUCCAUCCCCUUCCAAGCCCUUUGCCUCCAAGCCGCUGCCCUACUGGACCAAGUAUGACGUAGCUGAUUGGCUGGCCUACCUGAACCUGGCUGAGCAUAGGGAGCGCUUCCUGGACAACGAGAUUGAUGGCACACAUCUGCCUUCGCUCACCAAGGAGGACUUCCUGGACCUUGGUGUAACUCGUGUGGGCCAUCGCAUGAAUAUAGAGCGAGCGCUCAGGAGGGUGAUGGACAGGUUGUCCUCUAGCCCCUUCCCCAUUUCUGCCCUCUCCCCACGAGAUGGAAGAGCCAGGGAUGAAGGUGCCCGGAGCUGAGAGGACAGACCAAAAGAUAGAAAGACACUAAGGACAAACAAAGUGACAAAAGUCUGAGCAACUGUGGCUAUCUGCGGCUGACAAACCUCUUUACAGACAGAAGCAACAAGGACAUCACCGUUACCAGGGAAUGUUGAGAGGAAAGAAGAGUAAGAGAUGCGGGGAUGGAAAAUGGGAAUACCAAGCUUAUCCGGCAACAACCCACACAAACACACCUCACAGAUCACUCUCAGAUAAAGGCGCAUUCUCACAUGCUUACUUACUUACUUGCACUGAGCAAUCAGAAACAGGAAGCCCGAAAAAUAUCGACAUAAACACAAUCUGAGCCAAAUACUAUGACAGAAACAAUCAAACGUAUUAUCGCAGUUCUUGGUUUGUUGAUUUAUUUAUAUUUUUAUUUACGACAUAAGAGAGAUACUGAGUCGUCCAUUGAGGUCUUUCUCUGUUUUUGGUCGGUGUCGCACGUGACUCUAAGCCUUACUCUCCCCUGUUCUUGGUUGGGACUCCUUAAUCAAAAAAAACAACACGGUGGUACAGUCAUAGUGUAACUGAGAAAAGAACCUGACUGGUGGAAACCUAGGUGCUCAGAGCAGUGGCCAGUUUACUGCCUAAUACCUAACUCAGAGAGUGUGUGUAGACCCAAGAAUCCCUCUUCUAUACAUGUGUGUGUGUGUGUGUGUGUGUGUGUGUGUGUGUGUGUGUGUGUGUGUGUGUGUGUGUGUGUGUGUGUGUGUGUGUGUGUGUGUGUGUGUGUGUGAAUGAACUAAAUGGUGUUCGAAGGUCGUUUUUACCUUUGGAGGAAUUCGCCGAAGCUUGCUGAUGUUGUAUUUUGCUAGAACCUUCUCAUGGCAUAAAUAUAUAUAUAUAAAUAUAUAUAUAUAUUAUACAUUAACAGACUGGUCACUGUAUUGCAAACCCGUAGCAAAAAACAAAAAAAAACAAAAGAAAAAACAAAAAGACAAGUGCCCAGACCAACAGAAUACAGAUAUACACAUACCCAAUGCAACAUCAGGCUCACCUCCAUAACUAUGAACACACACCAUUUAUUCACAAUACAAAAAUGGGACACCUAAUUAUCUACAUAUGGACCAGAGGUGAAUGACGUCAACAAAAAGAAAACCGUUUUUACGACACUCUCGACAAGUUGAAGUGACUGCUACACCAAUCGACUGAACAGCGAUCCAGAGGUUCACUGUCCAUAAGGGAGGAGAGAGACGCCAAAAUCUCUUUCCUAAUCACAACUCCUUUUACAAUAGCUCUCUUUAUUAGGAGGCAAAGUGGGAUGUGCAUCCAGAUGCCCUGAAUUUGUGGCAUUCGUGCUUAUACCUGUUUUAAUAUGAUGAUUGUUCUUAUAACAAAGACAUUUUUAAACUUUAAAAGGGUCUGGAAUACUAAUGUUGUUAUAUAAAAGAAGAGAGAUUUAUUGUUAUUUAGCGCAGUUCAUUGCUCUCAUGGUCCUUGCUGUUAUCAGCUAAAGCUAUGCCAUUCUGCUCCCCUUUACUUGAUGUGUCCAAAUAAGAGGCGUGUCUGAUUUUGCAAGGGGCGGAGCUUAAGUGAAACUUGAUAACCUAAACAGUGAACUUGGAUCAUGUGGUAUCACCGCUAGUUUUUAUUUAAUUUCAUUUCUAUAUGAUUUCUAUAACUCGGUCUAUUGCUUCGAAAUGGCACGGAUUUAGCUCCUGUUAGCAAGCUGGUAAACUUAACUACAGGUUUAUUUACACAAUAAAUAGUUUACCAAACAUACCUAAAAUUAGUCACACCCUUGGAUUGGCUGAUUGGCUCUCCACACUUCCAUGCUCUGGUUUCCAAUGUGGAAACUUUACAGCUUUUUGUAGCAAGAUAUAAUCAAUCACUGGAUUAAAAAAAAAAAAAGGUUACGGAUCAUUCGAGAGUUUUGUGUAAAGCACUAAGUGCUGAAAUAACCUUGCUUGUUUUUGGACAGUCAAAUCGUCUUUUCUCGUGAAAGUAGGUAGUUCUCGGCCAUGUUUACCGAAGAAACGUACCAGACUUUAGCUAGUUUGCGUUGUAGUCUCAGAAAAUACAACAAACAUGGCCAAAAUGUCCUACUUUGGCAGGAAGAGCAAUUUGACUGACAUGAGAACCUGUCAAUCACAGGCCUUUCCCCACAUCUCAGUGGCAGUGCUCUCACUGCUAAGUGUUUUAAACAAGGAAAAGUUAAUAACGUUCAAAAUCAGGCGAUUACUUGUUACGGAAAGCUCAUUAACUAUGCUUCCAAGUUGCGAAGUUAACUUAUGCAAAAAAAAAAAAAAAAAAAAUUGUACUAUUGUAUAUAAAACAUUUAUAAAUAAAGCACCGUUUCCAUGAACAAAAUCGUCACUUCCCGGAAAACUGGCGCAUCUCGCACGCCGCCAUUUUCACUUUUUUGAGCCAAUUAUCCAAUCACAUGAUUUGUUGAGGCAAAAUCAUGUGACUUUUUGCGAUCGAGAAAUUAAUUCAGUAACGUCACGGGUUUCCAGCUUGGUUUAUGCGCGUGUCUUCAUAUCGAGCAAAAUCUGCCUCGAUUACGCACGCAAGUGUUUCGUGCGUAUUUUGGAGAUUUAAUUCGCAUGUGGUGUUCCCAUCCAGCGUUUUCUUUAUGCGAUAUCCCAAAAUUCGCAUAAAAAUAUGUGGAUGGAAACAUAGCUAUUGUGGCACACAAACGUUCAUUUCUCCCGUUGAAAACCAGGACGAGGCACUUGUGGCCAGUUGAGUCUACAGUAAUAGUCAGUAUGAUAUCACAUGCUCAAGUUUGCUAUUACCUGAUCAAAGUAUACUUAAGCUCCGCCCUUGUCAGGACAUGUCGUUUACCAUGUGAUCGAACCAUAUAUGCAAAUGUUGUGAGUGAAACCACUGUCCCUGACCAUAUUUGUUAAAUGUAAGACAUCUGUGUGCAUGAGGUCUGGGGAAACAGUCAUAUCUGUCACAUAUCAGUGAAAAAAAGGGCUUUCCCAUCCAGACCAUCUCUUUCCAGAGUUACUCACUUUCAUCAAAACUUACUAACACUUUUAUUUUCCCUCAGACAGAAUGAGAGAUACAGAUACAGAGAUAGAGAGAGAUGUUAACGUUAACGUUAAACAGACAGAAAGCUCUGUUCACUUUUUACACGUGUGAUGACAGCAAGGACGAUGAAGCGCACGAUCGUCCUCAGUAUGGUUUAAAGAGUUCUAAAGAAUCUCUGUCUUCCAAAUAACGUAUAAAGACGAAGAGAAAAAAUAAAAAGACGUUUGUUAUUUACGCCCAGUGCUUUCUACACAUCCUGUACGUCAGAAACACGUUUCUGUAUUAAAUACUGUUAUAGCAUCACGCAUUUAGCAUUGCUUAGCAUGACAGAGUGACCGAGUAGAAGGCAAUGUUUUAUCAAUUAACAUCCAGGAGAUGAAGGAGAUCCCAUCCUCAGUUCUUGCUUUGAGAAAAGGUAGAUGGAAAAAGCUGGAUUUCUUCUACGCUUUUUUUUUUUUUGUUUUUUUUUUUUAAAGGAAGCACAGAGGGACAUGCUAGCAUACGAGGAGGAAAUAUUUCAAUAUAUCAAACAAUGAAACAGUGAUUCAAACUUACACACAAUUUGUACUUACAUCAGAUGUGAACGUUGAUCAUGUUAAGUCUUUCAUUCAUGCACUGGAGCAUUUGGUUUAUUUAGCUAACAAGUAACAGAAGCCAGAUUAGCCUCAGGUGAACGAUCACAAAGCUUACAUAUAAACAGAAUCAAAAUGGCUGCCUUCGAGUCGCCUGCUACGUGAUGGUGUACUUUCGGUAAUGUUUGAUAACUUGUCAGCUACAUUAAGCUAGUUAUCCUCCAGCGCAAAACUGAAGAACUGAAAUUUGGAGACCAAGCGCGACUCGUCUACUCGGCUUCGUUUUAGAUAACGGGAAAAUCGAUUUAUCCCCGAACUGUUUAUUUUUAUUUAUUUAUUAAUUUUGCACCAGGGUUAACCCUUAGUCGUUAUUUAUUUCGCAUCCUAGAGGAAUGUGAUUGGGAACAUGUUACAUACACAACGCUAUGCAUUCGCUGUGGCAACUUGAAGCAGCUCCAUACCGAGCCCAUGAUGCAUUGCAAACAUGGCCAAAGAAUGGUCAUGUGACCCAACCGAUGCCAUAGGUGAGCGGGGUGUGCAGAAAGCAUUGUGGUUUGUUUUCUUUUUUGUUUGUUUUUGUUUCCUUUUAAAAAAAAAAAAAAAAGAUAUGGAAGAAUAUUAACUACGAAGAGAUGAAAGAUUAUUUACAGAAUAUAUAAAUAUAUAUGUAUAUGUGAUAUACAUAUACACAUUCAUAUACACAUAUGAAUUACAAAUGUUUUAAGAUAUGAAUAAAAAGUUAUUAGAGUUAUAAUAAAGACGCAGGAAUACCUUUGA